UACACUAAUGUCCAAUCACAGUUGAUCACAUGUAAAUAAGGAAAUGCCAGUUGUUGGCAUUUCUCUCCUCACGAGCUGUCACGUGUGCCCUGAUGAUCAGUGUAGCCCCAGCAGUGCCACCUGUCAGUGUCCAUCAAUUCCAGCUGUCAGUGCUCAUCAAUGCCACCUGCCAGUGCCACAUCAAUGCCACAUAUCAGUGCCUACCAGUGCACAUCAAUGCCACAUAUCAGUGCCCAUCUGAGCUGCCUUUCAGUGUCACCUAUCAGUGCCACCUGUCAAUGCCGGUCAGUGCCACCUAUCAGUGCUGCCAAUCAGUGCCACCUAUCAGU